AUGACUUCGAAGCAGAGGAAAAGAGGUCCGAAACGACAGGAUCCCGACGACCUGUUAGCACAGGCUUUGAAGGAUGGCCUCACUGUGGAUAAGGGCGAGAUCGAUAACGAUCCGUUCUACCCAGAGCUCGCUGAUACCAGUAAACCCAAGUAUGAGGGGAUGAUGAGGCUGUGGGAGGCGGAUGUCAUCAACAGGGCUGAGUUGCGUCUGCUAAGGGAAACUGACAGAUAUCGCAUACCUGAAAGAAUUUCCGACAGACGAUCCUCGCACAAUGAGCGACAUGAUGCGCUUUGUGGAAUUUAUUGGAUGCGUAACAAGUCCAAGGCUCGAUAA